AUGUCUUUAAGAUCAGUAAGAAAAUUAAGUAACUUAUUUAAAGAAGCUAUUCCUCAAGUAUGCAUCAUUGGUUCUGGUCCAGCUGGCUUUUAUGCUUGUCAACAAUUACUCAAGUUAUCUGAAAAUAUACAUAUUGAUAUAUUGGAACGCUUACCAGUGCCGUAUGGUCUAGUUCGUUUUGGUGUUGCCCCUGAUCAUCCUGAAGUAAAAAAUGUCAUCAAUACUUUUGAGAAAAUUGCAAAAAAUUCUCGAGUUAGGUUUAUGGGAAACAUCAAUGUAGGUCAAGAUAUAUCAGUGGAAGAAUUAAAAGACAAUUAUCAUGCUGUUUUGUUGGCAUAUGGCUCCGAUCAAGAUAAAUUACUUGGGAUCGUUGGUGAACAAUUAAGUAAUGUUAUUUCUGCACGAAAGUUUGUAGGAUGGUAUAACGGAGUACCAUCCGACAAAGACCUGAAAAUCAAUUUGAACGUGGAAGAAGCUGUGAUAUUUGGGCAAGGAAAUGUCGCAUUAGACAUCGCUCGAAUUUUAUUAACUCCUAUUGAUGAUUUAAAAAAAACAGAUAUAACAUCGUAUGCAUUAGAAGAAUUAUCCAAAAGUAAAGUUAAAAAAGUAUGGUUAGUUGGUCGAAGAGGACCCUUGCAAGCUGCUUUUACUACUGCUGAAUUACGUGAAAUUUUAAAAUUGCAGAAUUGUACAACUAUGUGGCGAUCAACUGAUUUUGAAAAAGUUAAAGAAUAUCUUCCUCAGUUGUCACGUCCAAAAAAACGAUUGAUGGAGCUUAUGCUUAAUAAUUUAUCUCCCACAACUUUUGAUGAUAAUAAUAAAAUCAAUAAUAAAAAACUAUUUGCACCAAUUUUUUACAGGGGUCCAAAACAAAUAAUUGGAAGAGACUCUGUUGAAAAAGUUGUACUUAGUAUAAACGAUGUUGUUGGUCUCGAUUUUCUUACUGCAGAUGCAAUACCCACAUGCGACGAAGAAGAAAUAUCAUGUGGUUUAGUUUUUAGAAGUAUCGGAUCUAAAUCGGUACAGAUUAAUGAGAGUAUACCUUUUGAUCCAUGCAGGGGUCGUGUGAUUAAUUCUCAUGGUAAAGUUCAAAAUAACCUUUAUGCGGCCGGAUGGGCUGCUACAGGACCAACAGGAGUUAUUCUCUCAACCAUGACGAAUGCAUUCCAAACUGGAAAUUUGAUAAAACAAGAACUCAAUGUAAGUGAUCAUAAAGCUGGUACGAAAGAACUGAUUAAGAUCUUAGAAAAAAAAAAUAUACCUAUUGUUACGUUUGAAAAUUGGGAAAAAAUUGACAAAGCUGAACGUGAUCGCGGAAAAUUAUUAGGAAAACCUCGAGAAAAAAUCGUUGAUGUUGCCCAAAUGUUAAAAGUUGCAUUUAGCUGA